UGACUGCCUCGGGAGCGGGGACCGGGACGGCACCGGGACGGCACCGGGACCCACGGGGACGUCCCCAGGAUCCACUGGGACAGCACCGGGACCCAUGGGGACGUCCCCAAGACCCACCAGGAUGUCCCCAGAACCCAUGGGGAUGUCCCCAGGACCCACCAGGGUGUCCCCAGAACCCACCGGGACAUCCCCAGGAUCCACCGGGACGUCCCCAGAAUCCACUGGGACAUCCCUAGAACCCACCAGGAUGUCCCCAGGACCCACCAGGAUGUCCCCAGAACCCAUGGGGAUGUCCCCAGGACCCACCGGGGUGUCCCCAGAACCCACCAGGACAUCCCCAGGAUCCACCGGGACGUCCCCAGAAUCCACUGGGACAUCCCUAGAACCCACCAGGAUGUCCCCAGGACCCACGGGGACGUCCCCAGGACCCACCGGGACCCACCAGGACAUCCCCAGGACAGACACAUCUCCGGGACCUCCCCGGUUGCCUCCCCCCGUGCGGAGCUCCCGUCCUAUUUAUUCCCCAUUCGGGGCCACCGGGACGGCCACGGGGCCAGGGCCACGUCCCGGCUCCUUUUGGGACAUUUCAGGGACAUUCCUGCCCCGCUGCCGGGGGACACGGGGACACAGCGGGGCUCAGCCCCCGCGGGGUUGGGGGGUUUGGGGACCCCCCUGUGUUUUGCAGGCAAUAAAGGGGCCGUGGGCCCACCCGAGGGCAGCUCAGCGUGUGCAUGUGGGGUGGGGACAGCCGUGUCCCCACGGGUCCCCUGUGGGUCACACUCGUGGGGCAGGGAUGGCAGUCAGCCCAUGGCUCUGUGUCACCCUGUGUCACUCUGUGUCACCCUGUGUCACCCACUGUGGGGGCACCAUGGGGCUCCAGCCCCUCGGCUGGUGUCACCUGUGUCCCCUCAUGCCAUCACCGUGGGGGUCCAGCCCCUCGGUUGUGGCUGGUGUCACCUGUGUCCCCUCAUGCCAUCACCGUGGGGGUGCUGGCGCUCAGCUGCCACCCUGUGUCAUGCCACCCCUCCGCUGAGAGGGUUCUGGCCUCUCUGCCGUGGCCCGUGUCACCCCACGUCACCCGGCCAGGGGACAGGAGCGGCAGGAGGGCUCUGCCCCUCUCUGUCACCCCAUGUCACUCCAUCGUGUCACCUGUUGCGCCGGGGCCAGCAGGACAAUGUCCUGGGCUCAGCGGGCACGGUGACGUGCCACCCCCUGACGUCACCGCUGAGCCUCACGCCGCAUCCUCGCACCUCAAGCCACUGUGGCCACAUACAGGAUGACGUCAUUGGCUCCCGUGACCUCAUACCGCCUGGUGACGUCACGGGGCAGCCCCCCCGCCCCCACAGCCGAGCCCCACCGAGACACCGGCGCGGCCGCGGGGGUGACACCGGGCCGUGACGUCACGCACCGCGGCCUGUGACGUCACGAGGCGGGGCGGGCACCCCCUCACCCCACCCCUGGUCCUGAUCAGGCGAACGCGGCGGCCACCUAUAGCUUGCGCCCCCCGCCACUUCAUUAGCGUGGCCCCGCCCCACGGCGCGCCUCUCGGCCAAUAGCAAACGGCUCUGCCCCGGGAGGGGGCGGGGUUAUGCUAAUAACCAGCGCCGCGCUCCGCCCCGCCCUCACGUUGAGGACCCCCGGCCGCCGCCGCUCCGGCCCCGCUCCCGCCCCGGCCCCGCUCCCGGUCCCGGCCCCGCUCCCGGCCCCGGCCCCGGCCCCGUUCAGCCCCGGCCUGUCCCGUCCCGGUACC